GCUCCUACCGCUACCGUGCCCAAGCGCGCUCCGCCAGCGCUGUGCGGGCGCGGCUCCCGGUACUCGGCCCCGGCGCCGCCGGCGGGUUUUAUGUGCAGGGCGGCCGGCGGGCCGGCGGGGGUGGGAGGAGCCGGGCAGGUUGUGCCCGCCGGGCCCUCCUCCCUCGCUCCCUCCCCGCCCGGCGGAGAGGGGUCGGGGGAGGGGGCAGCAUGGCCUGUCCGUCCGGCCCCUUUUCCAGCGCUCAUCUGCCCCGGGAGUGCGGCGCCGCUCCUCGCAGGGAGAAGAGGUCCGAAUGGAGACAGACGGCAGCCAGCCCGGCCUCGCCUCCCCGGACUCUCCGCACGACCCCUGCAAAAUGUUCAUCGGGGGACUGAGCUGGCAGACCACGCAAGAGGGCUUGCGGGAGUACUUCAGCCAGUUCGGCGAGGUGAAGGAGUGCCUGGUGAUGCGGGACCCGCUGACAAAGAGAUCCAGGGGCUUCGGGUUCGUCACGUUCAUGGACCAGGCUGGCGUCGACAAGGUCCUGGCCCAAUCCAGACAUGAACUGGACUCCAAGACGAUUGACCCAAAGGUAGCGUUCCCCCGCCGAGCACAGCCCAAGAUGGUGACCCGAACGAAGAAGAUAUUUGUGGGUGGUCUGUCUGUGAACACUACUGUGGAGGAUGUGAAACAAUAUUUUGAGCAGUUUGGGAAGGUGGAUGACGCGAUGCUGAUGUUCGACAAGACAACCAACCGACACCGAGGGUUUGGGUUUGUCACAUUUGAAAGUGAAGACAUUGUGGAAAAAGUGUGCGAAAUCCACUUCCAUGAGAUCAACAACAAAAUGGUGGAGUGUAAAAAAGCCCAGCCGAAGGAGGUGAUGUCCCCCACGGGCUCGGCACGAGGGCGGUCCCGAGUCAUGCCUUACGGGAUGGAUGCCUUCAUGCUCGGGAUUGGCAUGCUGGGUUACCCAGGCUUUCAAGCCGCCACCUACGCGAGUCGAAGUUACACUGGCAUUGCACCUGGCUACACUUACCAGUUCCCUGAGUUCCGUGUAGAGCGGACCCCUCUCCCGAGUGCCCCCGUCCUCCCUGAGCUCACAGCAAUCCCCCUCACUGCGUAUGGACCAAUGGCGGCAGCAGCGGCUGCGGCGGCUGUGGUGCGAGGGACAGGUUCCACCCCCAGUCGCACCGGUGGAUUUCUGGGCACCACCAGCCCCGGGCCGAUGGCAGAGCUUUAUGGAGCUGCCAACCAGGACUCAGGGGUCAGUAGUUACAUCAGCGCUGCCAGUCCAGCCCCAAGCACCGGCUUUGGCCACAGCCUAGGGGGUCCCUUGAUUGCAACAGCUUUUACCAACGGGUAUCACUGAAGCUGGGGACCAAGGAGGCAGGAGACUCCCCAGUGACCUAACCGAGGACAGCGGCUGGAAGAUCUGGUGAGCCUCGGGGGAUGAGCCAAGGUUACCUUUUUCUUGAAUCAAACUGCACACUGCCGGCCGGCUGCCAGGCUCCUGCCGCCCUGCCCCGAUCUCUCCCUUUUGACCAGACCACACUGGACUGAACCCGAGGAGAUCAUCUCGCUUUCUUACUAACCACCGACGGUUUACGCUUCCCCCCUCCCUGCCCCCAGCCCACCGAUUCUUCUUUUAUUUAUUUUGGUAGCUGUUAGGUUUAAUUUUUUAUUUUUUUAUCUUUUUUU